GAGAAAACCCUUUAGAGUUUCCGGUUAAUGGUACGGUGAUUCCGAAAGGCGGCGUAAAAACUUAUUUAAAGUGUUUGACACUUUUUUUGGAGAUUAUUAUAAGAUCUAAGUAUUUAUUUGAAACGAAAACAUGAACCCGAAUUUCGAUACUAUCGGAAAACAGUUUGUUGAGCAGUAUUAUUCUGUUUUUGAUCAAAAAGAAAUCAGAGGCCAAGUAGCUAUAAUGUAUCAUCCAACUGAUGCCUUGCUGACAUUUGAAGGGCAACAGUUUCAAGGUGUGGAUGCAAUAGCAGAAAAGAUGAAAACAAUACCUCUUGACAACAUGAUGAGACAAAUCACAACAAUAGAUUGCCAGCCAACAAUGGAUGGAGGUGUAUUAGUCAAUGUCAUUGGUCAACUGAAGAACAGUGCAGAAAACGACAAACCGCUGGGCUUCUCCCAGACAUUUGUGCUCAAGCCUGCCAACAACUCCUUUUUUAUCUUUCAUGACAUUUUUAGAUUGGUUAUACAUAAUAUGUAAUAUAUUCUCUGUAGAACCUAUUUGAUUUUUUAAACCAAUAUUUCAGUCUUUUUAAAACCCAACAACUACUAGUGUGUCUUGUAUAAGUUAAACAGUUUUUAAUUUUUUUUUUUACUUUUGUUUGCAUGUCUGCUUUUUUGGUUGCACAUCCUGUUAGCCUACUUGCCAGGUAUGAAAUUGAAAUCAAUGACUGGUCAAGCAACCAAGGUUAAUUAUUUAAUGAGGGGAAAACAAGUGGGAAGAAAAGGAACAAUUAGAAAAGCCAGUGUUGCUUUGAUUAGGCCUUUAGCUGCUUUAUGGACUAUUUUUUGUGUAUCAUAAAUUGAAAGAAAUGUUACUUGUUUGGAUGGGAAAAAAAGGAAGAUAGUUUCCAAAAUGUGUUUCUGAGCUCUGAUGUCCACCAAUGCAUUGUCUAGAGGGACAUCUACAGCUCAAGUUGGCAAAACUUGUCUGCAUCCAAUGUCACCUUUGUGACUUGUAAAUGAACAAGCAUUGGAUAAUUUGGAUUAUAUUCUAGUAUGCAUUUUUUUUUUUUUUUCAGAAUUUUGUACAAAGAUGUGUUUAAAUUGUUCAACUAACUUUUACACAGUUCAAAUUAAAAAUGAUUAUUGCAACAUAUUGUUAUUGGAUGGUUUCAUUUUAUCCUAAUUAUAACCUUAAGUAACUACACAUAAUAAAAAAAAAUAUGCCAUUUAGUAUUACAUUUGUUUGGUUUAAUAACCCUUUUUUUUUAAGUGAACUAAAUAGUAGGCCUAUCUUUUAUUGUUUGUCAAAAAGCUAAAGUUAUGAUAAAACAUCUUUUUAACAAGAUUAAUCUAUUUCUGAAAUGUAAAUAUAUACACUAUUGGUAUGUUAGAACAUUAAAAAAUUACUAGUAAUCAGUGUUGACCUCAAAUGAUUUAUUGGAUUUGUGCAUUUCAUGGAUUUCUGUCAAAUCACUAAGAUUCAGCAUAACAUUAGUCUUGUUAUGUACAGCGUGAUGAUGAUAACAUGUCUAAUUUUAAAUUAAGAACACUAUAUUUAGACAUAUUUUAGCCUAUCUCCAUGAACAUGACCUAUAUUUAGACUAAAUCUCAAUUCUUAUAUAUAUUUAUAUAUUGUGUUCACGGACUAGAAAUCAAUUAAUGUGUUUGCCUCUCAUUUAUUUUGUGAUGUGUUGGCCACAUUUGAUUCAUGAAUCAUAUUUUUCAUAUUAAUGGUUGUACAAUGUCUUGUGCUUGAGGUUUCAUAAUAAACAAACACUUAGACUUCAAA